AUGCAAUAUUCUUCUUCUAUUAUUUUCGAAAUUUUGUUUUUGGUGAGUAAAAGAGAACUUUUCAAAAAUAUUGGAAAAUCGGUGUGAAAAUCAAAAUUACAUGACGAAAUGGAACUGUACUUUUCCGUAACUCAAUUUUCCUUGUUUACCAGAGGUUUGAAGUUAGAACACUACACAUUUCAUAGUUCAACCUGAUGUUAUAAAACAAAAAAGAUCUGAAUAGUCACGGUAUUUCAAAGGGGGAAUCGAGAAAAACGUAAACUUUGAAUAGAAAAAAAAAUAAAUUUGGGACUGCUUAUUUUUGUGUCUGCUUACUUUUUGGGACUGCUUAACUUUUUGGGACUGCUUAACUUUUUGGGACUGCUUAACUUUUUGGGACUGCUUAACUUUUUGUGUCUGCUUAACUUUUUGGGACUGCUUAACUUUUUGGGACUGCUUAACUUUUUGGGACUGCUUAACUUUUUGGGAUUGCUUAACUUUUUGGGACUGCUUAUUUUUGUGUCUGCUUACUUUUUGGGACUGCUUAACUUUUUGGGACUGCUUAACUUUUUGGGACUGCUUAACUUUUUGGGACUGCUUAACUUUUUGUGUCUGCUUAACUUUUUGGGACUGCUUAACUUUUUGGGACUGCUUAUUUUUGUGUCUGCUAAUUUCUAGAUCUACCAGAAAAAGUAAUUGUUGACCUGUUGAAAAUCUUGCUUUCCUAAAAAAAAAAAGUAUGUUUCGAUUUUUAAUCCGCAAAGCCGCCUUCCAAGAAUCGGUACCAUUCAGUAUUUUUAUUUCUCAAACAACAAAAAAAAUGUUUUUUCAAAAGUGCACGAAGCCCAAUUCGAAUUUCUAAGAAUCAAAUAGUAAAACAAAUAAUAAUUGCAAGGUGCAAAUAACAUAUUUCGAAGAAUUAAGAAUAUGUCUGAUUUGAGAGGUUGAACAUUAAAAAGUGGAAGUGUGUUUCUUGAUCUUUUUCUCAACGAUAAAAAUGUUUUCAGACAAUCAAUGUUGUUCAAAUCGAUAGUCGAUCGAACCGUAAACAUCAUAAAAGACAUGUAGAUGAUAUUGAGAUGAAUAGUUGUGUGAAUAAGGCUUCGAGUGAGGCACAUGAACGAUUUUCGAAAAUGUUUAAUCGGCGGGAUCAGGAGAUGUAUACGUUUUUGAAGCCAACUGGACAGGUGAGCUUCUUGAAGACUCUCAAAGAAUUUAUAUUUAAUUUUCACCACAUUUAUCAAGAGAGCGCAUUUAGUGUAAACGCGCUCUACUGAUAAUAACUAUAGAAAAAAGUUCCUUUUCACCAACAUUUUCCUACUCUCCAAAAAGCCGCGCAUAGCCUAGUGGUAGAGUGUUUUGCUGGCAUCCACUAAACCCUGGUUCGAAUCCACCUGCCCGCAAUUUUUUUUUUCAAAAAAAAAAAACCCAUUUUUUCCAGCUAUUCAAUGUGUUCUCCCCUGUAAACGGUCAUGAACUCACUGUGAAACCUCGAAGUUGCAUUGAAACCGCGUCGGCCGAAGAAAACAAUGAUCUGAAUCUCUAUCGAGAACAUCCAAUUAAUCGACGAGCAACUUGUGUUUAUCAACACGUUAUGAAUUAUAACCCAUUGGUAAGUAUUAUGAACCUUUAAAAAAUUUCAAAUAAAAAACUUUUUCAGCGAGUUCCGGCGUCGAUAGUUGAAGUGAAAUGCUCUUGUGAACGUGUUCAUUUGGGAGGUAAAUUUAUAUUUUUUUUAAAUUCAAAAUCCCAAAAAAAAUUUUCCAGGAGAAACUUAUUUCUGCGAGCCAGUAUUAUAUGACAUGAAAGUGAUGAUGUUCGAUGAAAAAUGUGGGGACCUAGUUGAAAAAAUCGAGCAAAUCUCAAUGGCUUGUGUCACAGUUCAUCAAUUACAAUCAUCGGGAAGCGAUUCGAUAAUUGUUCAUAAACCAACAGAUCCAGGAGCGCCGGUUUAA